GGAAUAUUAAUGAGUAUGUUUGCAAUAUGGCGUCCAAUUGUUGCUAUGGGAAAAUGGCCAAGAUUUACUUGAAUUUUACGAUUAUUCAUUACAUCUGAUGACUUAAGAUUUAAUUUCUUGAUUCCUUCAUAUUUCAGGAGUAAAAAUGAUGCAACUAAAUUUAAAUCAAGUUGAUUAUUUACAGGUAAUGUUAAAUAUAUUUAGGUCAACCUGCGCACGAAACUCGCAUAAACUACAAUGACAUGACAUAUUAUUUUGAUAUUUUCGCGUUAAUUCAUUUAUAUAAAAAGUAAGAUUGGUGAAAAAUAGCUUAAUAGAGAGUGAAGGCAAGCGUUGUACAAUUACCUAACAGCAAUGUUUCAGAAGAAACUGAAAAGCACACAUUUUAAGAAAGUAUUUAAAACCUGUGCAUCCAGUGUUGGACUAAAAAAAACCAAUACCAGCCGACAAUUUCAAAAAAUAUAAUACAAAACAUAAUCCGAAGAUAAGCAUCUUGAAACCCAAAAUAUGAGUCAAACAAGAAAGUGAGUGAGUAAUAUUUUGUUUUGUAUUAUAUUCAGUGUUGGACUGUUGGUAGGAUAUUAGUUUAGAAAAUAGGAUGGCAGAUGUCUACAUUUGGUCUGACUCAUGCGUGUUACUGUGAUAUUCUGUGGUACAUACACCUGUAAUAAAAAAAUUAAGUAAAAUAUGCAUAGUACUGUAGAAUCAUAAGGCCAUGGGAAUGAAAGUCAUAGAUUUGUGUCCGGGUAAUUUUGAAAAAGCAUGCAGCUUUUUUUUCAUUAUUCAUUUUUUUGACCAUUGUUUUGGGUGGUAAAUACAGAGAUAAAAACAUGAAUUACCGUUUACGUCGUGGAAUUACAUAUAUCAUGAGCUCACACGGUCGCAGCACUGAAGAUCUGUGUGGCAAUUUUGCCAUUUCGGUAAAUAUAAUUCGGAAUUUCAUAGAAUGUGGAUACAGACAUACUGCAAUAUGUUCAUUUCAUUGUAAUCAAUACACAAUUUUAUUGCUAAUUUUAUUGGAUUUUUACAAAUAAUGAAAACGUUAGGCGGUAGCUUUUGAGGCAUGUGGGCGGUGGACGCAAAUCUAUGACUUUCAUUCCCAUGGCCUAACUCUAGUUCCCAGUCGCAGACCAGAAGAUUUUACCAUUCCCAAGAACUCAGAUUUCAAAAUCCUCAAAGUAAUACUUUGAGCCAGCCCUCCAGAUGUCUGUAGGAGGCUCUGACUAGAUCUGACUCUUGUACUGUAUGUACUGCACAAUGUAUUUCUACAGGUUGACGUAACCUCGCCAAAAUCUAUGAAACUUUUACCUUCUGGUGCAAAGAGAGGAAUUCAAAAGGUACUGACCAAUUUUAACUGCAUGUGAUGGUUUUAAGUAUACAAGUUCUAAGGUUUCUUACCGUAAUUUCUUUUCUAUCUGUUCUUUCUAGCCAAUUUGUCCAGUUGUGCACUUAAUAUACUGUAUUUAUUCCAAGUCAAUAUAUUGUAGACAAGUAGCAAUUUGUUUUAGCAUGGCUCUGCAGAAUGAUCAUUAACCCAUUAAGCGCCAGCGCUCUCCCCUUGAUGAGUAAAAUACUAUAGUAGGGUGCAUCAGGGUGCAAUGCAACUUAAUGGGUUAACUAGGCACAUGGGCAGAUAGGCCAGUUAACUUAUUAAGCGCCAGCGCUCUCCCCUUGACGAGUAAAAUCAUGUGGCAUUAGACACAGUAAAAUACUAAAGUAGGGUGCAUCAGGGUGCAAUGCAACUCAAUGGGUUAAAUAAUGCAGACUAAUUGUAGUGUGUGUUCCAAAAAUUUAACUUGACUAACUGGAUGUGAUAUAGAAAUAAAUUUAUUGACUUGUUUCGAGCAAGUGAUUGAACUCCAUGUGCAUGAGCACCAGAAUUUACCAAAUGAAUUGAAAACUUACUGUAGGUUUAAUUAACCUACUCUAUAAAGUAGGCACUGCUAUAGUCAUGCUCAAGGAAGUCCAAUAAUACAAUGUAAUUACUUCCCUUUGCCUAGGAAGUACAAUGUAAGGCAUAAAAUAGACUAGUACUAAUUUUCAGAACAAAAUAUUCGUUAAGUUCAUGUUGAUCAAUUAAUUCAAUUGUUACGUAAUUCCUGGGAUAUGUGCAUGUGGAUCUUCCUAAAACAACAAAGUACUGUAUAUAAUCAACGUGACGAUGUACUCCAAUAAUUUUGUGACGCAAAUUAAUAUUUAACAUCUACAACCGGAUAUUUAAUAUGUUAGGUUGUGCAUUUAUUUCAAUGUAUUUCAUGUAUGAUAGUUAGUGCAUACUGUAUGUGGUCACAUAUUGUUGUUUACCAGAGCUGUGUAGUUAACCGAAAUAUUCGGUUGGUUCGGUACUUUUUGAGCAACGUAUUGUUGGCAUCAAGUGUGGAAAAAAGAAACGGUAUUUUCGGUGUCCCACGUGUUCCUGCUUCCCAGCUUUCUUACUUGGUCACUUGAAAAUGUCUUUAUAAAACUGAGGACAUUUGGGCAUCUUUAAGGAUUUUACUAAGCCAUGAAAUGUUUUUGUUUCAUUUAAAUUUAUGUUUUCAUUCAAUUUAUUGAGCAAAUGCUUUGAACUGUUCUUAUUUAAAAAGUACUGACACGCCGAACCGAGGUUCUUCCACCCCAAAAGGACUUGAACCAAGAUGAAAUUUCUGGAGCCGCACAGCUCUAUUGUUUCCCCUAUAAUGUAUUAUAAUCAAUCAAAGUAUAUGUGUUUAGGUUGCUGUAGCAGAUCAUAGUGGGGUAAUAACAUGUUUUGGUAUGAAGAAAGGAGCUGUACAGGUGACAUAUAUAUAUAUAUAGUUUUAAUAUUUAAUUAUAUUUUUGUCUCUUUGAAUAAGUAAUUAUAUAGUAAAUAGAAAAGUGCCUUGGAUGGUAGCCUACUCGCAGCCUGAAAUUUAGAAUUGGCUGAAAUUUUCCCCUUCUAAAUUUCAGGCUGCGAGCAGGCUACUUGGAUGGUUAAGAAACUACAAUCCUUGGAAAAAACUAUGGGACAUAAUUUCACCCAAUUUGAAAGGAGUAGCGCUACUAGCGUGGCAGAUUGUAGUUGUUUUACGUUUCUAAUCUCGUUUCUGGAAAUUUCUGCAGUUUCACAGGGACUGAAAUGCCGACUGGCAAACUUAAGGCGAUUUUUGGUGCAACUCAAUUUCUUACAUAGACCCAUGUUAUCGAAAAAAAUAGUCGCAGGGAAAUGUGAGCGUGGCUCGCAUUUAACUCAGCCAAUACUUUCUUUACAUAUUAACAUAAUCCCAAGGGAUGAAAAAUAAAAGAAAUACUGUAUGAUGAAAAAUGUCAGGAGAAUAAACCAUGGGCCAUGCUCAGAAUUUUUCCUGCGAUUAAUAUAUAGUUUUAAAUAACAUGGCUCUAUGUGAGAAAUGACGUUGCGAUUCCGAGAGAAUAUUAGAAAAACGGCGUACUUCCUCGAAAUGCGAAUUCUAAAAUUUUGACGUCCGUCUAAUCAAUACAUUCCUAGCAUAUUUAGUAACUUGAUUCUGCUAUUGUUUACAAAUAUUCCCUUGUGAAAUCAUGAGCAAAGUAGAUUUGCUCGCAACAUUUCCGAUAUGAAUUUCAAGUUUCACCAACAUGAUAGACGCGGUAAAGGAUUAUUUAACUCCCAAGAGCUUUGGUUGGGUAGCCUACGUAUGUGUGAUAUUCCAUUUCCUUUUUGGACUCGCACUAUUUGGUGUUGUUCUUGAAUUAAGAAACGGUGAGUUUGCCAAAUUUGGUUGCGCUGUCGACAAACAAAGUACCGCAGCUUAUAAGUCGUCUGUUGAGAAAAGAUGUUAUUCAAGAUACGAACAGACUUAUAACACUCUUCUACCAUUGUACGGCUUUGUUUUAUUAAGUGUUGCCUUCACAGUUCUUGUCAGUGUUUUUUAUGCAUGGAGAGUAAGGGAUCGUGUCGAGGAAGUCGACAGAACCUCGAACGAAAGUGGUGAGCCAACCGCCGAUAACGAAGAAACGAGUCAAGGAUUUUAUGUUUUCUACUUCUAUCUCUUCCACCUUGUUGUCCGUUCCCUGUUUGGAAUUCUGUCCACUGUUCUGCAACAUACAGUAUUUUAUCCCCGUGGAUUUGACUUCGAAUUCAGUUGCAGUCUCCCAACACCAGAUGUAACAUUACGGAGAGGAAACAAUACGUUUAUUGGUACAAAUAAUACCUUAAUUGUAUGCGAGAAUUCAACUGCCUCAGAAAGGCAGUUUUGGAGCGCGAUUGUCUCUGUAUUAAACACUGCUUUUGCCUUGAUAAUACUUGGGGAAGUGAUUUAUCUGUGGCGACGGUUUCCAACCCUCAACUGUCGUUCUGACGUUGGCUGGAGCAUUGACACUGAGUUUAUAACUGUUCAUUUUCUUCGAAAGCGAUAUGUGCGACUUCAACUUACAACCAUGGGUAGAAUUACAGAUAUUAGCAUUGUGGACAGUAGCACUCCAGAUAAUAACAUUGCGGACAGUAGCGCUCCAGAAAAUAACAUUGCAGAUAGUAGCGCUCCAGAUAAUAACAUUGCGGACAGUAGCGCUCCAGAUAAUAACAUUGCGGCCAGUAGCACUCCAGAUAAUAACAUUGUGGACAGUAGCGCUCCAGAUAAUAACACUGUGGACAGUAUCGCUCCGGAUAAGAUCAACUUUCAGGUUUGUACACACUAUUACAAACAACAAAUUUUGAACACUUCUCGUGCACCUGAGAUAUGUUAUGCACAAAAAACAAGUUUAGAUGAUUUAUAUAUUGACGUUAUUAUACACACUGGACGAGCACCACACAAAUUUUCCAAGAAAAUGGAAAGGCAUGAGAUAUUUGACGUCUACAUGAAAGUUCCUGAAUCCUCCAUACGUCUGGAAGAGAUUAAAGAUUUAUUUUAUCCCAAUAAAGACACGAAAGGCAAUUCUCCCCGCACCAUUCUGGCAGUUGGACGACCGGGCAUAGGAAAAACUGUCUUGACCGAAAAAAUUAUCCGUGAUUGGGCAAAUGGAAUUGAUAAAUUUUAUUGUGAUAAGAUUGUUUUCUCAUAUAAAUUUAGAUGGUUCAAUAUAAUUGAUGAAUUACAAAAUUUAUCUCUUAAGAUGUUUCUUCGUUAUGGAACAGGACUGAAUGAAGAAAAAUUUGAAAGCAUUUUUGAAGAAAUUUUAAAGGAACCUCAGAAAGCAAUUUUUAUAUUUGAUGGUUUGGAUGAGUUUGAUGGCGAUCUGAUCAACCACUUGGACCAGUCACAAGGACUUCCAAAUGAUCCUAAUAGUUGCAUGUCCGCGAUGACGUUAUUCACCAAACUGACUUACGGCAACCUUCUACAAGGAGCAACUGUUCUGGUAACGAGCAGACCGAUUGCAGAUAAUUUUUACACAAGGCUCAAUUUUGGUCGAAGCGUUGAGAUCAUUGGCUUCACUUCAGAUAAAAUUGAAGAAUAUGUCAGCAAAUUUUGUGAAAACAUUGACAGACAUGAUCUGAAACCAUGGAUAUGGAGUCACGUAUCAUCUUCGUCAGACCUUUUGAAUUUAUGCUACAUUCCUGUAAAUUGUUUUAUUAUUUGUGUUACCAUUUCUGAAUGUCUCAUUUAUCCUAGAAAUGCCACCGGUGCUCUUCCAACAACACUGACUGAACUUUACCAGACAGCCAUAGAUUACUUUGCAGAGCACCACAACAAAAACGUGGGCGAAACCUUUUCUGAACAAACGCUCAGAAAACUUCAGGAAUUAGCAUUCCAUGGUAUCGAACACAGGCAAUUGGUUUUCAACAAACAACGUUUUGAUGAACAAAUGAAAAUGUCUGGUUUAGUGAACAGUUUAUCUAAUCCUAUCUUCCCAGUUCAAACACAGUUUUGUUUCAUACACUUAACUGUACAAGAAUUUCUUGCAGCAAAGCACGUGGCCGAUACUCUACCACCGGACGAGAUAAAGAAGUUCAUUUCCACUCAUGGGAAAAGUGGUCAGUGGCAUUUAGUGCUUCAGUUUAUUGCUGGAAUUUUAGGCGAAAAAAUGAUGAUGUCUAGCAGUGACUACUGUGAGUGUGUUUUAGCUUUUACAAAAUGCUUAGAUUUACCUCUUGUUGAGGCGUGUGAAAUGGACGUCGGCGUUCAUCAUAACAUGUUUGUAAUGAAAUGUUUAAGGGAACUGGAUGAUGAAGACAUUGUCAAGACUGUUUGCCAAGAAACUGAUUUAAAUCUUGUUACGGGAAUUAGUGGUUUUUCGGUUUGGGAGUCACUUUCAACAAGCGACUGGGUAGCAAUCAUGUUUGUUUGCAAACAUUUGAACAAUUUAAAAGAUUUAUAUUUAACUGAUUCAUUUAUUGAAGAUGAUUGUUUUCUGGAAGUUAGCAAACUACUACAACAAAGAUGCUUAAAAACGCUGUUCUUCUCUAACAAAACUGGUAGUGAUUUGGCAAAGAAACAACUAACCAGCGCAUUGAUGAGACAAAAAUGUACAUUGAACCACGAACAUGUUAAGCUUAAUCGCCUUCAUCUUAAUAUUGGCAUGACUGAAGAAUGUGCAUCAAACAUAUGUGCAUUUAUAAAAAAGGGAUAUGCAAGUCAUCUUGAGAAACUCGAACUCUUCGCAAGCUCUUCUGAAACAGUAUCCCAACUCGGUAAGGUUCUUAAUGAUGCACUUUGCCCUAAACUCACAUUGCUGAAUUUAAGCUUCAGCGAUAUAGGUGAUGAAGGUGCUCGUAUGUUGUGCAAUGCCCUAAUAAAAGGACACUGUAAGCUAAAUACGCAACCUCGUUCCCAGGCUCUUUGCUCUUGGGAAGCAAAGACCCUGGUCGGAGCUGGUCACGUGACCCAUUGAAAAUUGAUAGCCCAAGAGGGGGAUGGAAAAGUCUCAUAUUACAUGUUUCCACUUCCGCACUUCGAUUGCAAGGAGUGGCCGUUCUGUACAAUCAUUAAUUCAUCUUCAAGAAUCAUAUAUACCUCAAACUACUUGCUAAAUUGGUUUCUGUUUGCUUUUAAAUUAUACAAACAUGAUAAAAUGCAGAUUCUUAUAGCAACAGAAAAUUCAGGAAAUCAAGCAACGAGAACGUAUGACUGUACGCUUUGAAAUAUUUUUAUUUUCUCGCGGGGUUCGCCGGUUCGGCCGUAGUUUUAUUUCACGCAUACGUUUCUGUUCUGGCUCUGAUAUUUAUAAUAUGCUUAUAAUAUGCCAAUGAAUUGUUCUGAUAUGGACAUGGUAUAAAUUUUGUUAAACAGAUGUCUCAAAAGCGACUGUUUAUAGGUCGUAGAAUUAGCGCCUUGCCGGUCUCAAACGUGACACAUUUGGACACAAGCCAAAUACACAUUGAAUGUCCAUUCCGCUAUUGAUUCUAAGACUGUUUACAGACAUAUUGCUCUAGAUUUUUUUUUUAAAGGUUAUCAUCGUUUAUAUUAAACACCAGGAAGACAAAAUAUAACGUACAAAAUUGUUUGAAAUCGACAGUGCACAGCUGACAUACGACAAUUCAAAACUGCAUGAAUUUCCUUUUUUGUCUGCACGAGUACCUGUCUGUUGAAGCCUGAAAUAUUGCACAGCAUCUCCUAUAAAUUCUAUCGCCAUUUACCCUCUCCCCUUAAAUGCAAAGGAAUGCCAGCCGAAAAGGUUUAGCAAAGUAUUUUUUUAUUAUAUCUGGUAUAAAGUCUCCUACGUUUUAUCAGGGAUAUACAUAAUUCAUAAACUGUAUAUGCACACGAAGUCUCGCUUAUAUUACUGAGUUUUACUGUAACAAACCUUUAAAGUUUCCAUUGAUAGAUAGGUUGUUUGCCUCCAGUAUUGUUUGGUAAAAUAGACUAAACUUCUAGAAUGUCGAUUACAGUAUACGAUAAAGAUUAAAGUUGAUUUAAAUAUUGAUAACUCACAGCGGCAUUAAUCCAUUAUACAAGACUAAAGAAGCUGGAUUAUUCUUCAAUACAGCCUUCAAUGGACAAUGCCAAUGUCAAUGAAAGGUCUAAUAUUAUACAUGUUGCAAAUUACUGUAUAUACAAAAUAUGAAAUAAUUUAUAUAAAGUACAAUACCAGUGUCUGGUGCAUAUUUAUUAUCGUCCUAGAUAUUCAAGUUGUACCGCACGCACGGAAACGCACGGAGGAGUCUUGGCGUUUAUGUGAUAACAGAUAGCUAGCUACACUUCGACAUUAUCUUUCUUGAUCGUUGAGUUUCAGCAAUGUAAAUGAAAUGAAUUUUAUAGCCAGUCCAUAACGGUUUUUAAUCCUGUGCUUUUACAGUCAAAAUAGCACUAUUGUUUACACAUGUUGGCGAUGUUUGGGAAAUCAAAGGAUCCCGUUAUAAAAUAAAUCUUUUGUUUUGAAUAUCGGACAGGAUACACUUCAACUAUAAAGAACCAUAUCGUUCGUUUAAUACCGUUUGAUCGAUCAGUCUGUGUAGAAGAUACUGAUGUAUGUUUCUACGGCGAUACGUGCUCAACUUCGCAAGCCAGGCGCGUGUGGAGUGUUUUCCUUGCAAGUGAAAUAUGAUCCAGCUUCUCGCUUGAAAUGUAACGCAGGAAGUCAGCAGGAAGUCUUGUCAUGAUCGGUACGAAUUUAGAACAGUUCCUUUCACAAUCUCUUGCUGCAAAUUACAUUUUUAUCACCCAAAAUUAUAACACAUAAAGUUGCAAUUUUCUAAACGCAACAAACAGACUACUCUCCUACCCCUCCCUGAGAUCAAAUUCAAUUUACCCCCAAAAUCUGGGGGUUCACGUGACCAGCUCCGACCAGGGUCUUUGCUUCCCAAGAGCAAAGAGCCUGGGAACGAGGUUGCUAAAUACGUUGUUUUUGAAUUCCUGUUCGUUGACAGAAAAAUCCAUGCAUUCCUUGUGCAAAGCUCUUUAUCAUGAACAUUGUAAACUGGGUCAAAUGAAUUUGCAAAAUAAUGCAAUAGGUGAUGAAGGUGUAAAUAGAUUGUUUAAUGACGCUGUCAGAAGAGGUCAAUGUGAACUUACUGAUUUGGAUCUUCGUCGUUGUUCAUUGACAGCGAAUUGCGUACUUGUAUUAUGCAAGGCUUUGCAAGACGAACACUGUAAACUGACUAGUUUGUUAUUGACAUAUAAUGCCAUCGGUGAUGAAGGUGUACGCAUGAUGUGCACAAAUGCAUUGAGAAAAGAACGAUGUAAGCUUACUGAAUUAGACCUUGAUAAUUGCAGUUUGACAGAUAAAUGUCUACCUCUUCUGUGCGAGACCCUGCAAGAUGGACAUUGUAAGCUUAUUAAUCUCUCUCUAGGUGGAAAUAACUUUACUGAAGAAGGCAAGAGUUUGCUUCGUGAUGUAGAGAGAACUGAAUGUUGUAAAUCGAGACGUUUAGAAAUUAGAUUAUAGUAUGGUAGCAAUAUUUAGUAAAUAUAUGCUGGUGGCAGACAGAAAAAAUGCCAAAAAAUAUUUGGCGAAAAUAUGUAACCUUUGCAUGUAAUAAAUAAAAAGAAUCAUUCUUCGUCUGUACUGAACUGCAGUUCUUAUUCAGAUACUGUAGACUAUUGCCUUUUUUAAAAACCAGGAUUUGGGAUAUUUAUUUUUGGAUAUAAUUUUGAAUGUUUUAUAGAAACUGUGUAUUUGUUUUAUGAUUAAUCAUAAAUCAUGAAAUAAUACUGACAAUUUGGGUGUCUUAUACUAUAAACCGUAUAACAAACUUCUCAGUCUUGUAAUCAUGGUAAUAUUAUUUUCAUGGGGUGAAAGAUGGAAUGUUCCUUUCAACAAGGCUGAUCUUUGCUGCAUUGAAAAUUUCAUCUUUGACCUCAUGAAAAUAUUCUUACCAAUGCACUCCAGUGCUGUAGCAAUAUUGAGGUCAGAUUUAACUAACGCUGCCGUUACCAUUAACCAAGCAGAUGUGUUUGAUAUUAUUAACCAGUGAGAGGUAGUGGUAGUGGAAGUAAAAUCUGAACCUCCCUAAUACUAAUAUUGGUGUGAAAAAUCUGAUUGAGGUCAAAGGCCUGGAAUUUCUACAGUGGACAGGGACUCCAGGGGCCAACCUCGUUCCGAGGCUCUUUGUUUUAACAUUGCAUGACAUGACCACAGGAGUCCGACCAUGGCCUAUUAUAUCAAUACAAAUAUCAACACAUAUUGUCCAUUCAUCUAUAAGACUACUGUAUAUCAAAGCCGACAGCGCGAAAAAACACGCGAUAAAAGAAAACUUUCUUUCCCACUGACUGCUUUGUUAUAAAUGUAUGAAGAUAUGGAUAUAAAACAAUAUGGAUAUUUGAUAUGGAUUUUUGUACUGUAAUGAGUCAUAUCAUGGAUUUUCUGUGAUACAACUACAAAUUCUAUACAAUUUGUAUAGCUGGCCACAUCAAAACAGCGACCUCUCAGCGACGGGAGACUGUGCAAUGAUCGAAACAAACUGCCCCCUCUAAAGAGCAAAGUAUAUGCUCUUCAAUGCACAUAAAUUGGCUAUUGUGACCUCAUUUAUAGACUGAAAAUUUGCUUCGAUUUCAUUCAUGAAAACAACGUCAUAAGGAACAACUUAUAUCUAAUAGAAAGGUCAUCAAUUCAGUAGCCAUUUACGGAUAAAAUUUGUCGUCAUAUAGUUGAUAAAACGGGCAUAAUAUAUUGUCAGUGGAGAUUGGAAUAAUAUUUUAAAAUAGUAAUACAAAUAGCAAAAUCCUCGCCAUUUUCGAAGAUUUUUCAGUCUUAGUCGAAUUUAAUUUGAAAAACGUUUAACUUGAAAGUCCUGGAAAGGUUCUGGAAUUUCAUGGUCACUAAAGGGUGGACCACACCCUGUCAUUAACAAGUGUGCUACUGUCAAGGUUUUAACAAUUCGUACGUUUCAAGUAUGCUAAGUACAGUAUGCCCACAGUAUAUGUUUUCUAUACAUAGAUGGUGUUUAAGACGUUGCCAACUAGCAGUAUAUCACGUCUUGAGUUGGGUGGUAUUGACGGUCCUUCAAGAGAGAAAAUAUUUGUUGCCUCUGGUGCUGAGAUCAGAGGAUAUAAUAAAAAAGGAAAGCAAUUUCUGGGGUUUGAUACAAACCUAACUGAGAGCAUUCAGUCAAUGUAAGUA